CUGGAAUUCUUUUUGUCUGCAGCGGCGCAUGCAUCUAACACCCAAAUGAUGAGACUGGCUGCGCAGGAUGUCUGCGGUUGAGCAUUGGCGACGGAAAAGCGGUCGCUGGUGUUGUGAGAGGACGGGACGGAAUCGCGCAAGACGCUGAAACUGGGAUAGGGGAAAGAGCAGCAAUAACAAUCGCAGCAGCAGCCAUGGCCGAGUUGGUAAUGCAAAAGGAUGGCAGAGACAGAGAGGACGACAAUAUUCCAUACCGUUCCAUGGAGAGCACCACAACGGCGCCCCAUGAGGACGCCGUUGUCAAUGGCAAGACGUUGCCCAAGGCACCGACAGGACCAUUACGCGUAAACGCCAUCUUACGCCCUGAUCCCUCCCUGGAGUCCUCCACCACCACUACCGUCACCACCUCGCCUGGCUUUCCCUUCGCCUCCCAGCCUGGCGAGUCGGGUCCAGCACCGACCACGAGAGAACUGUUGCCCAGCGCCCUCGCCAAUGGCCACGGGCAUGGCCAUACCGAAAGCACCAGCAAUGCCGCCGGGAAGAGGAGGGUGGGAGUGCCCGGCUCGACGACGCCGCCCGAACGACGUAGUGUGUCUUUUGCGCGAGGCGUCCUCGAUGAAAGCGCGACUCCUGUCGGUAAGAGCUCGGCCUGGGAUAUGGAUGGCGAGGGCAACGAUCAGUUGGGCAAGGGCCGCCAGAACUCGCUGUACCUCAGGCUCAAAUCUCUCGCCCACGCUGCAUCGUCGUCGUCACUCCAUCAGCGUACUCCCACGAACAGCAGUGCCAUCGGCAUUACUCCGCCAUAUGCUCUAUCUCCACAGUCGGAACGCAGCGAAACCAUGUAUCCGGUACCCGUAGAAGAAGCAGAGACCAUCGAUAUGGAUGCAGAUGUCGAGGAGGAUACAGAUGACACAGAACGCCCUCCGGACAGACGGCCGAAGCAGAAGAUGAAGCGUAAAAGUCCCAUUGUUGCCGGCGCUGACUCGGCACCGACCACGCCGAGAACCUCACGGUUCGCGUCAUUCAUGCGAGAACAUAUUCGAGACAAUUCUACCACGGAAGCCUCCAGGAGAGGUACGCUGACGGAUGUCGAGGACGCAGCCGAAGAGGACGAUGACGCGGCAAGAGCUGGGGUGUCAGAAGAUGAAGGCAAAGACCGUGUUCGACGAGCAUGGCGGCGUGGUGUUGAUGGAGCCCGGGGACUCAGCUACGCUGCUCGCAAAAGUGAACGAGAUGGCGAGGCAUCGGAGCAGAAGAGACCUGGGAACCUGCGUCGUUUGACAGCAGGCUUGAGCGGAGGACUGGUUCUCGACGCGACCGGCUCACCACUGCGCCAGCGCGCAGAUCGGCAUAAUAGCACCAGUGCGCAGAAAUGGCGACAGGUUAAAGCUGGGCUUCGCAUGCUGGGUCAACGCAAGAAGGAUGAGCGUGCAAAGGUCGACUACCAGAAGUCCGCUCAAUUGAUGGCCGAGCUCAUUGCAGGAGCCCCUGCUGUCCUCAUCUUUGCCAGCAUGUUCCAGCGUGACGAGCAUAAACAUCGCAAAGUUCCUGUUCUGCUGGAGCAGCUCAAAAUCAGCAUACCUGAAGUGCAAAGCCGUACAGACAAAAAGGGCGACCGAGACUACAUCUACAAGGUCGACCUGGAGUAUGGCAGUGGUUCAUCGCGCAUGAAUUGGACUAUACAUCGCUCUGUCAACGACUUUGUCAACCUCCACUUCAAGUACAAGAGUCAGACCGCCGCUGACCAGCUCAAACACUUCAGUCGCCCCGAUCACAAACUCGCAAAGAUGCCCAAAUUCCCAAAGAGUGUCAUUCCGUACGCUCGAGGCAUGCGUGGACUGUUCGAGAAAAUCCAGGACGAGGACGACGAGCCUGAAGGCACCGGCGCAGAUACGCCACGCGCACCGCUCUCCUCCAACCUGGAUGGUAUCCCGGAGCAACCGCCCGGUACGCCCGGUCCAGAAUCCCGGCCGAAAGGCCACAAACGAAGACAGUCAUCAUUCGCUCCGCCUAGAAGAACUAGCACCAGCGAGAUUGGUAACACUUCGGCGGAUCCAGAGACUCUGAAUGCCCGGCAGAGACAGGUGUAUGCGGAGAGAUCGAGACAGAAGUUGGAGGUCUAUCUCCAGCAUAUGAUUAGAUGGCUCAUCUUUCGAGCAGAUAGCUCACGCCUGUGCAAGUUUCUCGAGAUAUCGGCCAUGGCCAUUCGACUUGCAGCCGAGGGUGGUUACCAAGGCAAGCAAGGACUGCUACAGAUCGCCUCAAGGCGUCACCGAGAGUUGAAUCGGAAAACAAUACAGACACUGGGUCCUCGACAUUUCAAGGAACGGCACAAGCGUCGAUGGUUUUUAGUGCGCCACAGCUAUGUCGUCUGUGUCGAUGGACCCGAGUCACUCGUGCCCUACGACGUGUUUUUGGUGGAUUCUGACUUUGCAGUAGAUGCGCCGCCACAACAGCGGAUCUCUGAACAGCAGACUGCUCAUCAGAUGGUCAAAGUUGCAGGAGAGAAUGCCACUCCGACGAAGAAGGCACACCUCCUCACGCUCUACAAUGCCGAGCGCAAGCUCAAGCUUCACGCCAGGAACGAGAAGCAAUAUCUCCAAUUCCGAGAGUCGAUCACGUACAUGACAGACAAUACUCCGUGGUCCAAGAAGCAGCGCUUCGCUAGCUUCGCGCCCCUACGCAAUAAUGUCUGGUGUCGCUGGCUGGUGGAUGGCAGAGACCACAUGUGGCAAGUCUCUCGCGCCAUCGACAAUGCGAAAGACUUUGUGUAUAUUCACGACUGGUGGCUCAGCCCGGAGUUGUACCUUCGACGGCCUGCUGCAGUCAGCCAGAAAUGGCGCCUCGAUCGGCUCCUUCAACGCAAGGCGCAGGAAGGUGUCAAGAUCUUUGUCGUCGUCUAUCGCAACAUCGAAUCUGCGAUCCCCAUCGACUCGGAGUACACCAAAUGGGCUCUGCUUGACCUUCAUCCGAACAUCAUUGUGCAACGCUCUCCGAAUCAGUUCCGACAAAAUCAGUUCUUCUGGGCUCAUCACGAGAAAUUGGUGGUUGUGGACAAUAUGUUGGCGUUCGUGGGCGGCGUCGACUUGUGUUUCGGGCGAUGGGACGAUCCAUGUCACUCUUUGACCGACGACAAGCUCACGGGCUUCGAACCGGACCACGACCUGCCGAAAGAUUAUGAGCAUUGCCAAGUGUGGCCGGGCAAAGACUACUCCAAUCCCAGAGUGCAGGACUUCUACAAUCUCGAUAAACCAUACGAGGAGAUGUACGAUCGAACCAAGGUGCCGCGCAUGCCGUGGCAUGAUAUCGCCAUGCAAAUUGUCGGACAGCCCGCACGCGACGUGGCUCGCCACUUCGUGCAACGGUGGAACUUUGUGCUGCGCUCACGUGUUCCAACAAGACCGACUCCUGUUUUGAUGCCACCGCCCGAGUAUGAUCAAGAAGAGCUCGACAGCCUGGGCAUGAGUGGCACGUGCCAGGUGCAGAUACUACGAUCAUGCAGUUCGUGGUCGAUUGGCACUCCUGGCAAGACGGAGCACAGCAUCAUGAAUGCCUACUGUUCGCUCAUUCAGAGCUCCGACCACUUUGUCUACAUCGAGAAUCAAUUCUUCAUUACGAGCACCCGGGUGGAGGCCGCAACCAUACACAACAAGAUUGGCGACGCGUUGGUGGAGCGCGCGAUCCGCGCGCACGAGAAGGGCGAGAAGUGGCAAGCCUGUCUCGUCAUCCCACUCAUGCCGGGAUUCCAGAACAGUGUCGACGCGCAAGAUGGCACGAGCGUGAGACUGAUCAUGCAGUGUCAAUUCCGCAGCAUCUGUCGCGGCGAAACAUCCAUCUUUGCGCGCUUGCGCGCUGUAGGCAUUGACCCCGAGGAUUACAUACGCUUUUACUCAUUGCGACAAUGGGGUAAGAUUGGUCCUCGCAAGUGUUUGACCACCGAGCAGCUGUAUAUACAUGCCAAAUGUAUGAUUGUGGAUGAUCGACAUGUCAUUAUUGGCUCCGCGAACAUCAACGAACGUUCGAUGCUGGGUAACAGAGAUUCGGAAGUGGCAUCGAUUGUCACUGAUACAUGCAUGUUACAGAGCACCAUGGCAGGGCAACCUUACGAGGUCGGCGAGUUCGCGCACACUCUGCGAAUGCGACUCAUGCGAGAGCAUCUUGGAAUCGAUGUGGAUAAGAUCUACCGGCGUGAGCAAGCUGCUGUGGAGCGUGAACAUCAAGAUGCAGAAAUGGAGCGCAUCUAUCGAGAGGAGUAUGGCACGCCAUCACGCGAGUUUGGAGGUCUCGGAUCACCACCCCAGACACCCCGUGCUUCACAGAUGUACAGCGAGGCCGAGUCUCAAUUUCUCACUGUGGCCACUGCUUCCGAUAGUCACUCUCCUUCUGACGCUUCGAGCGACAUGGUCAAGGAUCCCACCGGCAGGAAGGGUCCCGAACGCGACCUGGACGUGGAGGGCCUGGGCUUUGACAACAUGAAAACACUGGUGGAGUCGGGCAAUUAUGGCUAUCGAGACACUUUCAUUGAUGACUAUGGCCGCGAGGUCAUGGUCAAGAGGGACGCCCCCGAGUGUGAUCGUAUCAGACACGACGACGCCGAGGAGCGAAGGCAACAGAAGAGGUUCAGUCGCGAACGAAGAGAGAAGUUGCCGGCUCGUCCGCCGUGGCCAACACAACGCGCCGACACAGUGCCGCUCGGGUUACUGCCUAGAUCUCAGCUACCCGAGCUACCGGCACUUGACGACACUGACAUUGGCGGCCCACCCCUGACGCGAAACACUUCCGAGACCUCGGGGAGCAAAAAGGGUACGAAUCCUCUCGCCGGAGCCAUCCGCCAGCCCAAGGUCACUGAGGAUUGCAUGGCAGAUCCGCUGGCACUGGAUUUCUACCACGAUGUGUGGCACAAGCUCGCAGACAAUAAUACCAAAAUAUAUCGACAGGUAUUCCGAUGUAUGCCGGACUCCGAAGUAUUGGACUGGAAAGCUUACGAGAAGUUCAAUGCCUACAACGAAGCAUUCAUGCAGUCUCAGGGGCUGGGUUCGAGCAGGCCCCUUCGCAAAGAAGGCGCACCGGAGAAGUCUGGCCCUCCAGGUGCUGGUGAUGCCGCGCUCCACGGCAUGCCUUCGAUCCCCACUCCUCACAACGCAAUGGAAUCGUUGGUGGACAAGCUGCGUCCUGGAAGCAAAAACGCAGCACAUGUCGAUGAAGGCAACGAGAAGGUUCCCCACAGAGAUUCUCCAGCUGGUACACCCUCGCCGCCGCUCGACGAAAAGACGAACGGCACGCCUCCCAGAGAGACUCUCGAGGCUCCACGGACUGGGCGCAAGCGUGGAGCGACGAAAAGCAGUGGGAGAACGCCAGCCGAAGAUGUCAUGUCCAGUGAAGAGGCCGAAGAGAUGCUGAAUCUCAUCCAGGGCCAUCUCGUUCUGUGGCCGUAUGACUGGCUGGAGAAGGAGGAACGUGGUGGGAAUUGGCUGUACAACAUUGACCAGUUGGCGCCUUUGGAAAUUUACGACUGACCAAAUACCUACAAAAUACCCUACAUAGCGUGUGUCAUAAUAUUGAUGUACCGGCCUGUAACAGUCACGGCUCGUUUUUUUUUUUACCUUGAUCUUGGACACAGGUACCUACCUGUUUUGAAAAGAGAACUUGUACCUAUGUAUACUUGCCUACCUAACUUACC